UGGGUAUUUUUUCCUUCUUGGCGCUCAAUUCUUUUUUCGUUCCCUUUUCUUUUUUUUUUUCUUCUUCUUUUAAUACAAACUUAUAUAUUAAACAAAAUGGCGUAUUCUGGUAGAGAUAUAGCUUUAUUUGUCAUUGCCUUUUUCUUCCCUCCUCUUGCCGUUUUCAUCAAACGUGGUUGUAAUGUUGAUCUCUUGAUAAGUGUUUGUUUGACCAUACUUGGUGCAAUUCCCGGUGUGAUUCAUGCUUUCUAUAUUGUCCAUAAGUACAAUGACUCAUUCGAAGAUAUUGAAAGUGGAGGUUUACGUUACCAACAAGUACCUACAGAUGAACCAUCUCGAGUCGGAUAUGGAGCCAAUCAAACUUCAGGUAAUAAUAACAAUAGGUUAACAUACUUUAUGCAACUCUAACUGAUAUGUUUUCUCUCUUGUUUCGCGGACAUAGAAUAAGUCUUGUGGGGUAUUCAUAGUCCGGGAUGUAUUGCAUUUUGCUGUUUUCCAUUGUAGUCGAUCCUUUUUCUUUUCUUUUUAUGUACAUUGGUCUCUUGGUAGUACAGUCCUCCCUUUUGUUGAUACCACUCAAAUAAAAUCUCUUAUUUACUCUUU